AUGGAAGAAUUCUUCCAGUACAUUGGGCCAGAUGGUGGUGCACUCUCGUCAUCAACUUUACUGAAUCGCGAGCGCAUGUUUGUAUAUGUAUCACCUCACGAAACGCCGAUCGAUAAGUGUGGAGAGCUUCGCGUAGGCUCAUACUUUGCUUGUUCAGGAAUUCUUUACUACGAAAAUCAAGUGUGGUUAAAAAUUCGUCGAGGCUAUUUUUCCAAUGCAAAGAAUAAUGGUUACAUACGUGUGUAUUUUGAACAUCCCACAGGUUUAAAAACACUUGAAAACACUGAAAUACCGUCUCGUCAGCUCUCAUCUGUGGUCGCAGUACAACCAGCACAAUUUCGCUACAUCCGGCGACUUCCUAAAUUUCCAACGUACAUGUGUGCUCGUGACCAGUUGGUACUGUACCGGGAACCAGUGUUUAAAUUGCACUCAGCCUCAGUCUCAAGUGCUGGGGCAUCACUACAAUCGAUGCAUCGUUUUUUGCCACCUGUGAGUAUUUUUCAAGCGACAGAAUGUAAAUUUAAUCAAGACUUCACUCAACUUGCUGUCAAAGUGACAUCGACACUCGCUGGAUUAAAAGGUUGGAUCAAUGUAUCGUACCACAAGACGCUAAUUGAAGUGGAAGAUCCAAAACGCUAUGGAGUGUUUCGUCACGGACCAAUUUAUCUUCAAAAUGUCGCUAAUCGGAGUGGCAAGUGGGUAGGAGAAUUGCCUGUUCGUGCCAUCCCAAGCUUAAAAGCGCCAAGAUUAUACAGUGUUGAGAGCUAUCGUGUUGUUCGAGCAAUUGAACGCAAGUUACUCAAAGAUCGCAUUUGGAUUCGUAUCCAACCGUUUAAGGUGCAGGAGCAUUCGCAGAUGUAUCAAGAGAAAAAGAGUGAUGAACCAGAUCCAGCGAUAAAUCCAGCUGGAAAUCAAGAAAAUGAAAAUGAAAAGAAUGGUACAAGACCUGAUGCGUGGGUAAUCGAGCGGAAUGCUAAUACUGCGCAGCGAGUGCUUGUACCGUGGGGAAGCAAUCGUAUUGAAGAUAUACCGAUGCAGGAUACUGCAGAGCGUUACUAUCGAAAUGUAUACAGUCGCCGUCCAUUGCCUUUGCGACGCACUACAGAUCUAGAAGCUGAAGUUGUGGGGCAUCUUGAGCCAGGACAAGUAUUCUCAUCGACUCGACGGAUACUUAAUGAUAGUGGACGAAUGUGGAUUCGAGUGGCAUUACCUACUGCUGAUAAAUUACGUGACCAUGGUGAUAAUGCUGGCAAAGACGAUGAAGAUAAUAAUGCAAUGUCUCACAGUCCAAACAAUAAUAUUGAAGACUUGAAAGAGGAUGAAUACGAAUUGAAACAUCUUAGUCACACAGUACAAUAUGGGUAUGUUCUUCAAUCAAAUGCCAAGAUCAAUACGUGUAUGGUUCAGGAAAUUCCUUGUCCUGGCAAAUUGAAAUCAAAAGAAUAUUACCAAGUGAAUUUAUCAUUAGAUCAUGGAAAUCAAGAAGUAGAAGCAGAAGGCAUUUCUGUACCUGCAAACACGAUCACAGCUCGCGCUGACGCAUCAGAUUGUGCCAAGGAAUUAUUCUACAUCAAAAACAGCGCGAUUGUAUCGGCUAUUAGCUCUGUUUAUAAUGCAAAAGAAAAGCGCAUGUGGCUGCAAGUGCUGGCAACAGAGUUGGAUCCUGCCAUGUGUGUGAAACACCAGUGGCCACUCACUGAGGCCGAGCAGAAGUUAAAUAUCGUCUAUCUACCUAUGUGCUGCUCAAAACCGAAUGCAUGCGAAAGUGUUUUAAAGCCCCUUCACUGUGACCUGACGAGAAUUGAGAAUCCUUUCAAAGUAGAGAAAGACUCAAAACAAUCUUCAGCUCGUGUGGUGUUCAGUGGUCGUGCGUCCAAGCUCUUUGGGUCGCAUUUGCUGCAUCCAUCUACGAUCCACCUUGCACCAUUUCAGAAUACCAAAGAACCACAUUCAGCUACGAAUGAAAACAAUCGUGCACAGACGUUAAAAGACGAAAUUACUGCAUGGCAACGUGAAAGGAGCAACCCCAUGACGCAGUUGUAUAUGCGAAUGGGUUCUUUAGUGAGUUACUCAUUUAAUUGCAUUCGUCAACCAUUUGCAUCGUGUCUAGCACACCAAGACUCGAAACAAAGAUAUCGACAAUUAGACCAAGAAGAAGAAGGUAUGGAAGAUUAUGUGCUUGAUGAUGACUAA